CUGCUUAUGGCGACGCGGAGGAUGAGAGACUGAAAAGAUCAAGAGGUGACACUCAAGAUCAGGCGGAGAAAGAGUACAAAAACGCAGUUUUGCAUAGAAGUCCGUGAUAACUGCGAUCAAAAAACAAUUGCAUCACGUGCUUUCUGAUUGUCUUUUGCAAUAAAACUGCUUUGUAGUGCGUGCCGUCUUCUGUUAAGUCCACACAACUAAAGAGCGCUGAAGGAGUGCAAUAAACUGAACCUGUGCAGCUUUAUUCUUCGAGAAAGGCAGAAGGCAGUGUGAAGCAUGGCAAGCCAGGCGUUUUCCCCAGAGGCUGCUUUCCCUCAUGGGAGGCGGAGGGAGAAAUGGGACCCCAGGCUUCUUUCAAGGGCAAGGACUUAAUGGCGAAAAAAAGAGAAUGUCUCCAGGCCUACAGCUGGUGGAGAACACCACAGAAGAAGCGGAAGAAAAAGAACAAAAUAAAACCAGGAAGAAUAGAGUUUGUCCCUAGUAGUACUAAUUCAGCCAGACCAGAUUAUUCGAUAUUUGUUGGGGAGCUUACUCCAGAAGUGGAUGAUUUCCAGCUCUAUGACUAUUUCCUAAAGAGGUACCCGUCAUGUAUUGACUGCAAAAUAGCAACAGACCUGCUGGGAUAUUCCAGAGGGUAUGCCUUUGUCAGAUUUGGUGAGCAAGGUGAUCAGAUGAGGGCACUGCAAGACUGCCAGAAUGCACCAGGUCUGGGGGGAAAACGAAUCCGGCUGAGCAUAGGAAUUUCUAAAAGACUGAAAGCAGAAUUCCAGCGGUACCAGUCGUACAACUAUAAUGAUUAUUACCAAGAUUAUCAGAACUACUACUCGCAGUGGGGUUAUGAUCCUUACGCUGACUACAACUACAGCUCCUAUGCUCCCUAUGAUAGCAUGCAAGCUGUUGGAGACUGCUCUUUAGGAGAUGCUGUUAUGGCUCCAGCUGUUUUUGAGGAAACUUCAGUUAUGACUGAAAUCAAUGAUGACCUAAUAACUGAAGAUCCACAACUUUACUUGGAUGUUGAUGAGAUGAACAGACAAUUUAUGGAGACAAGUGAAGAACUCUACGAUUCCCUCAUGAAUUGUCACUGGCAACCUCUGGAUACGGUCACUUCUGACAUCCCCCCUGCUAUUUAAGUGUCUUAUAUAGCAUGACCGUUAUGACCAAGGGAUGCUCUUGGACCAACAGCUUCUUUCUAGCGCUACCUCAAAGUAACUUGCAGAUAUAACUCACAGGGAAGAUUGAUCAAAUGGUGAUGAUCCCUAUCAUUCUGCUGGAUAUAUUUGCCUUUUGUUUUGUCUCAUUUUUCAUAACAUUUAUUUAACUUCAGUGACUCAUGUCAAUAGACAUUGUUUGACUACAUCGACAAGUAUUUGAGUCAUGAGUGUCAUUAAAGGCAUGUCACCAUAUGGAAAUUGUUCUAAGUAAGUAAAAUGGAAGUAAAAUAAGUAAAUAAAGCAGCACUUGAAUUUACA